AUCGGAGUCUCAACAGAUCCGAACUCGGAGCAUCCCAUCAUUUUCAAAAAUCCACUCCCCCCUUUCCCCUAUUUAUUCUCUUUGGAAUUCUAGGGUUUCUCUCUCCCCCUCUCCCUUUCCCCUCCCUCACUCCUCAAUCGAUUUUUAGGGUUUCGCCCUUUCGAAUUCGAAAUCUCCAGUCAUGUCUCUGAGGCCGAGCGAGAGGGCGGAGGUUCGCCGGAACAAGUACAAGGUCGCCGUCGACGCGGACGAGGGGCGGCGGCGGAGGGAGGACAACAUGGUCGAGAUCCGAAAGAACAAGAGAGAAGAGAAUCUCUUGAAGAAGAGGCGAGAGGGGAUGCAAGCCCAAGCCUUUCCCUCUUCGAUCCCCGCUUCUACUGUUGAAAAAAGGUUGGAAAGCUUGCCGGCGAUGGUGGCGGGAGUGUACUCUGAAGAUAGAAAUUCACAACUUGAGGCGACGACGCAGUUCAGGAAAUUGCUAUCUAUUGAGAGAAGUCCCCCAAUUGAGGAGGUUAUCCAAUCUGGAGUCGUUCCUCGUUUUGUGGAGUUCCUUGUGAGAGAGGAUUUCCCGCAACUGCAGUUUGAAGCGGCUUGGGCUCUAACAAACAUUGCUUCUGGAACUUCGGAGAACACUAAGGUUGUGAUUGAUCAUGGUGCUGUGCCAAUCUUUGUUAGGCUUCUUGCUUCGCCAAGUGAUGAUGUCAGAGAACAGGCUGUUUGGGCUUUGGGCAAUGUUGCUGGUGAUUCUCCAAAGUGCCGAGAUCUUGUUCUUGCCAGUGGUGCAUUGCUCCCAUUGCUGGCUCAAUUGAAUGAACAUGCUAAGCUUUCUAUGUUGCGGAAUGCCACAUGGACUUUAUCAAACUUCUGCAGAGGAAAGCCUCAACCAUCUUUUGAGCAGACAAAACCUGCUCUUCCUGCACUAGAGCGUCUCAUUAAUUCAAAUGACGAGGAGGUUCUUACUGAUGCGUGUUGGGCUCUGUCAUACUUGUCUGAUGGUACAAAUGAUAAAAUCCAAGCUGUUAUUGAAUCUGGUGUUUGUCCUCGGCUUGUGGAGCUUCUUCUCCAUCCCUCGCCCUCAGUUCUUAUCCCUGCUCUUCGCGCUGUGGGAAACAUUGUCACCGGGGAUGAUGUGCAAACACAGUGUAUUAUCAAUCAUCAGGCUCUUCCUUGUCUUCUGAAUCUUUUGACACACAAUUACAAGAAGAGCAUCAAGAAAGAAGCUUGCUGGACAAUCUCAAACAUCACUGCUGGAAAUAAGGACCAGAUACAGGCUGUUAUUGCUGCUGAUAUCAUUGGUCCUCUGGUACAUUUGCUUCAAACUGCGGAGUUUGACAUCAAGAAAGAGGCAGCAUGGGCCAUCUCCAAUGCUACUUCAGGCGGAACGCAUGAUCAAAUAAAGUAUCUGGUUAGUCAAGGCUGCAUUAAACCCUUGUGUGAUCUCCUCGUGUGUCCAGACCCUAGAAUUGUCACCGUUUGUUUAGAAGGACUCGAGAACAUUUUGAAGGUUGGUGAAGCUGAGAAAAACCUGGGUACGACUGGAGGAGUGAAUCUUUAUGCCCAGAUGAUUGAUGAAGCUGAAGGCUUAGAAAAGAUUGAGAAUCUCCAGAGUCAUGACAACACUGAGAUCUACGAGAAGGCUGUGAAGAUUCUUGAAACAUAUUGGUUGGAGGAAGAAGAUGAAGCUAUGCCAACAAACGAUGCUGCAGGUCAAACUGGAUUCCAAUUUGGUGAGCAGCACUCGGUUCCUCCUGGCGGAUUCAAGUUUGGCUGAAGGGUUGUUUGAUCUUGGUGAUGUUUGGUCAGUCUGAGGGGUGGAGUUGACUCGUUUGAGUUUGGGUCCAGUUUGGUCCGGUGAAUUCCAACCCAGUCCAGUCCAGUCCCCACGGGUUUGUUGUAGAUGCAGUCGAUUGUAGUAGAAAUAAACUUGGAAUUUCAAGAGAAAACAUACACAUUUUGUUUGCACCUGUGUCAAGAAAAGAUCACCCUGCCAUGUUUUGUUGAAGGCGAUGAAAGUAUCGUUUACCAGUUAUUUAGUUCAUCUCCUGUAUAGAUUGAGCGAACUAGUUUUAGAAGCGAGCUUUGUUUGCAUUCUUGGUUGUGUUUUAUUUGAAAAGUUAUGUUCUUUGUGAGAGAGUUUAGAAACCUGAAACUUUUUUAAGGGAUUUGGAAUUAUAUUAUUUGUUGCGGUUGCUUUGUGUAUGGUUACUCAA